UGCCCGCGCUCCCGAGGGCCGGCCCCCGACGAGGCCGCCGCCGGCCGGGCGCUCAGCAUGAACCGCGGCCACCGGCACGGGGUGAGCAGCGGCUGCCUGGGCACCAUGGAGGUGAAGAGCAAGUUUGGAGCCGAGUUUCGUCGGUUUUCGCUGGAAAGAUCCAAGCCUGGAAAAUUUGAGGAGUUUUAUGGACUGCUGCAACAUGUUCACAAGAUCCCCAAUGUGGAGGUGCUGGUGGGCUACGCGGACAUCCACGGGGACCUGCUACCCAUCAACAACGACGAUAACUACCACAAGGCGGUCUCCACCGCCAACCCGCUGCUCAGGAUUUUUAUACAGAAGAAGGAAGAAGCUGACUACAGUGCCUUUGGUACAGACACCCUCAUCAGGAAGAAGAAUGUGCUGAGCAAUGUGCUACGCCCCGACAACCAUAGGAAGAAACCCCACAUCGUCAUCAGCAUGCCCCAGGACUUCCGGCCUGUGUCAUCCAUCAUAGAUGUGGACAUCCUCCCGGAGACACACCGAAGGGUCCGACUGUACAAAUAUGGCACGGAAAAGCCCCUGGGCUUUUACAUCCGGGAUGGCUCCAGCGUCCGGGUGACACCGCAUGGCUUAGAGAAAGUCCCCGGAAUCUUCAUAUCUAGGCUUGUCCCUGGGGGUCUGGCCCAAAGCACAGGACUGCUAGCUGUCAACGAUGAAGUUUUAGAAGUAAAUGGUAUAGAGGUGUCGGGGAAGAGCCUGGACCAGGUGACUGACAUGAUGAUAGCCAACAGCCGCAACCUCAUCAUCACCGUGCGGCCGGCUAACCAGAGAAACAACGUGGUGAGAAACAGUAGGACUUCUGGCAGCUCCAGCCAGUCCACCGACAACAGCCUUCUGGGCUACCCGCCGCAGCUGGAAGCCAGCUUCGAGCCAGAGGACCAGGACAGCGAUGAGGACGACAUCAUAAUCGAAGAUAGCGGCGAGCCGCAGCAGAUCCCGAAGGCCGCCCCAGAGGCCCAGAGCCUGGAGUCCCUGACUCAGAUCGAGCUCAGCUUUGAGUCUGAACAGAACGGGUUCUCCCCACCGCAGGACACAAGCCUGGCACCUGUGCCCAGCAGCCUGGACACGGAGCUGGAAACCCGCACUCAGGAACAGAAACUCUUAGAGGAAGAUGGGACAAUCAUAACAUUGUGAACCACUUGUGUUCUCUGAGUGUGUGGAGCGCUGUAAACAUGGCACACACACCCACCCAACGACAACGUGGACCUCCAAGCCAUGAUGGUCCAUGGCGAGCCUAAAGCGUGGCCGGGAU